UUUUUCCUUUUUUUUUUUUUUUUUUUUUUAAUUUGAGACAGAGUCUUGCUCUGUCGCCCAGGCUGGAGUGCAGUGGCACGAUCUUGGCUCACUGCAACCUUUGCCUCCCGGGUUCACGCCAUUCUCCUGCCUCAGCCUCCCGAGUAGCUGGGACUACAAGCGCCCACCACCACGCCCGGCUAAUUUUCUGUAUUUUUACUAGAGAUGGGGAUUCACCAUGUUAGCCAGGAUGGUCUCGAUCUUCUGACCUCGUGAUCCGCCCGCCUUGGCCUCCCAAAGUGCUGGGAUGACAAGCGUGAGUCACUGCGCCCGGCCUUUACUUGCUAUUUUCUAUACAUGAAACAUCUGUUGUUUUGUUUUCAAUUCAUAAAGAUGCCUUACAACUUCUUGUGUAGGGGGAGACUGGUUCCCACCACUUAAAAGUGCCAGCAUACUCAGUCCCAAGUUGCUGCUCCCUUUAAGGAGGGAAGGCAGGGAGGACUUGUAACCACCUGUCACUCUCUGGAAACGCUGGCGCUGGGGGUCACUGUGAUAAAUGCUUAGGAGAGAGACAGUGGACUGCACCGAGUCGUUUUCCUGCAGAGAAUGGAGAGUUCACAGGUGGCUGGUUUUGUCCACAAGCAAAUGUGAAAAUACAGAGAGCGUCGCAUUUGUCAGAUACCUUGGGACCAACUUGAAGUGGCUUUCUCCUUUCACUGAGUAUGUCAGCAGUGAAUUUGGGAGUUAGAGAUGUUGCCCUAAGUGGAUGAAGUUUGAGGCUUUUCUUGAGGCUGUCUGCCACCUUCCUGUUGGCUAAGUCCCUUUUCUUAACCACAUAUAAGAAGAUGUUAGAGGCUACAUUCAUUCCAAAAGGUCACAGCCUAGUAACUGAUACUACCAUUGAAGGAAAACUACCUUUUAAACCUGAGAAACAUCUUCAGACUCCAUCAUGAAUGAAUCCAAAUUGAAAAAAAACAAAAGCUGUGCUCACUCUACACCAGUUCCUACAUCACUAACUGCCAUGUUAAAGUAAUCUAACUGGCAUCUAGCAGAAAUCAUCUGCCACUUUGUAAAAGUCAUAGACUCAUAAGAAUCUAGAGCUGGAAGACCGUUAAAGAGCUAGUGACCCAGCCUCCCUCUCAUUUCAUAGACCAGCAAAUCGUGGCCCAGAGAGCCGCGCCCAGCUGUUCCGAAGUCCUCAUAUGGGAUUUUGGUCAGCAUUUUGCGUGACGGUGAUCAGAGGAGACCCGUCAUACCUUUCAUUUGUAGUAACAUAAAUGAACUGUAUUUCCCACCCCUUACAUUUGUUAGCUGAGGAAGACACAGACCAAAGCAAAAUAAAGCUAGAAGUUCCUAAAGGACAGAAGCCAAUGAUACUGAAAUUACUGUCUUCAUCCAUGUGAUUGGUGCCUGGCACAAAUGAAAUGUAUUCCAAUUCAUUCAAGUUUAGACGCCUGUCCCGGUAACUUUUUUUUUUUUUUUUUUUUUUUUUUGAGACAGAGUCCGGCUCUGUGGCCCAGGCUGGAGUGCAGUGGCGCGAUCUCGGCUCACUGCAAGUCCGCCUCCCGGGUUCAAGCGAUUCUCCUGCCUCAGCCUCCAGAGUAGCUGGGAUGACAGGCGCCCACCACCACGCCUGGCUAAUUUUGUAUUUUUAGUAGAGACGGGGUUUCACCAUGUUGGUCAGGCUGGUCUCGAACUCCUGACGUCAAGUGAUCCGCCCGCCUCGGCCUCCUCAAGUGCUGGGGUUACAGGCGCGCCCGACCCCGAUACUUUUAAAUAAUGACACGUUGUGAACACCACCACAGUCGCGAAGCCUCUGGAUGGUGUCUCCGGAUAGAUCCAAAGCCGAGAGGCAGUAGAAGCCCGCAGCCCCCGCAGUCCGCCUCCCGGUGCGGGUGGAGAGGGGCUGCUGGCGGCCCCGGGCCCCUCAUUGCUUUCCGAGAGCAGCCGCCGGCGGGACCGGGAAAGGCAUCUCGGCGGUGCGGGGCGAGGCCGCACCAUCCAGACUCCCGCCGAGAAGCACCGGGGCUUGGUGGGCGAGGCCCGGCGAACCCAGGCCCACAGGCCCCGUUCCCUCCCCGCACGCCGCGCCCACCCGGGCGGGGGUUCCUACCUGUGGCUUCCUCGGCCCCGCGCCCGCCCCGCGCCCAGCCCAGCCCCGCGCCCGCGGCCGGCGAGAAGAGCAGCUCGGGGAGGGGCGCGUCCGCUGACGGAACAGAAGCCGGGAGGGAGCGGCGGACUCGGAACUCGCGCGCGCCCCGGUCCCCGCCUCCGCCUCCGCCCACGCGCCCGCCGGGGACGCCGGGGAACCCUCGGGGCCCAGGGACCGCGAGAGACCCCGCCCCGCCCUAUCGCGGCCGCCGGGCCUGGUCACGCGCAGAGGGGUCGGGCCAGCGCCGGGCGGAGGCGGGACGGGGACGGGCACGGGGCGGAGGCGGGACGGGGACGGGGACGGGCACGGGGCGGAGGCGGAGGGUUGGAAUCGCGCGGCCCAGCCGAACCCAGCCACGCGGCGCCAGCGAGGCGGCCGGACCCGCAGCCCCGAUGCUGCUGACGCUGGCCUGGGGCGCGCUCUUCUUCCCGGGGCUCUUCGCGCUCUGCACCUGGGCGCUGCGCCGCUCCCAGCCCGGAUGGAGCCGCACCGACCGCGUGAUGAUCAGCACCAGGCUGGUUUCCUCAGUGCACGCCGCGCUGGCCACCGGCUCGGGGAUCGUCAUCGUUCGCUCCUGCGACGACGUGAUCACCGGCAGGCACUGGCUUGCACGGGAAUAUGUGUGGUUUCUGAUUCCAUACAUGAUCUAUGACUCGUACGCCAUGUACCUCUGUGAAUGGUGCCGAACCAGAGACCAGAACCGUGCGCCCUCCCUCACUCUUCGAAACUUCCUAAGUCGAAACCGCCUCAUGAUCACACAUCAUGCGGUCAUUCUCUUUGUCCUUGUGCCAGUCGCACAGAGGCUCCGGGGAGACCUUGGGGACUUCUUUGUCGGCUGCAUCUUCACAGCAGAACUGAGCACUCCGUUUGUGUCGCUGGGCAGGGUUCUGAUUCAGCUAAAGCAGCAGCACACCCUUCUGUACAAGGUGAAUGGAAUCCUCACGCUGGCCACCUUCUUUUCCUGCCGGAUCCUUCUCUUUCCCUUCAUGUACUGGUCCUAUGGCCGCCAGCAGGGACUAAGCCUACUCCAAGUACCCUUCAGCAUCCCCUUCUACUGCAACGUGGCCAAUGCGUUCCUCAUAGCUCCUCAGAUCUACUGGUUCUGUCUGCUGUGCAGGAAGGCAGUCCGGCUCUUUGACACUCCCCAAGCCAAAAAGGAUGGCUAAAUGCUCCUGGGAGUCGGGCGCAGCCUCACACCAGCUGCCUCCUCCACUCAGCAUUCCAUGGACCAAACUGUGCCCUGGGUGGCCUCAGACUUUGGGUAUUGAUAAGCAGAUGGAUUUGAGUUUUUCUAAAGAAUAUUCAUAUUACCUCCUUCUUCUAACUUGCCCUAUUUGCAAAAGCACUUUUGUAGUAACAACUAUUGGGUCCCGUCAGACCUCCAGAGACAGCAAAGUGGUUUUAAUGCAAGCCCAAGGAUCCUUCUUAGGGUCUUAUCUCAAGAGCUCUGGGAGGUGGAAGCAUGGGGUGUGAUCGGUGGACCAGGGUGAUAAGUGUCUGCACAUCUGCCUGUCCCUGUAUCAGCGGCUACCCACCUUCCAAACCACUCAGGGCAGUACCCACGGCACUGGGCCCAGAGAAGCAAGGGAUGACUUUUGGUUCUUGGAAGUAAUGUCUUCUUGUGACAUUGGCCUGGGACAAUCAUUGUGGGUAGGUAGUUUUUGAUCGUUUACUAGAUAACCCAUUGGUUAUUUGCCUCAUCCUCUCAUCCAUGGGUCAGAGUUGAAUUCUUACGUCUAUCGACUUCCAAUCAGAAGUCUCACUGGUGGGGCUAGGGGUGGGGGCAGGCAGGAAGCAUGGAUGGGUACCUGAGUAGGUAGUGUGGCCAAGAGGUCAGCACAAUCUCUGCAGGCUGACUUGGUAAGUCUGACAGUGUCAAACUUGUGAGCUUACUGCAGUCAGUCACAGUUACUGUUCUUUUUAACACACCCCUUCAUGCCCAGCUUUCCCCAUAUACACAUGCAGAGGACAUGCUCAUAAAAACUACAGGGAAACGUGAAACGAUGGUUUUGGUAGCUGUUUACUGGGUAACCCCACUCUAUGACACUGUCCUUUUCAUAUGAUGUGGAAACCAACUUCUGUCCUCCAAACCACGAAAUGUGUCAUCUAGACUGCAAAGUACUUGAGUACUUAGCCUCCCGAUACGCCAGAGCUUGUGGUCCAAAGCCCAUUCCUGUGUGAGUGUCCUGCCAUUUAGCCACAGAAGGCUGCAGAGUGAGGGGGCAGCCAGCCUGGCCAGAGGCUGUCCUGUGGACCGACACCUGCGCCCCCUUCUGCAAGCAGGAUUUUCUGGUGCCAACACUCAUCAUUCCCGAUCAACUAGGAUGGAUUUGAGACUGUGCUACCAUGUGUUCUCAAGUGGUAGUUUAAAAAGUGGAUUUUUUAAAGUGCCUUUUAAUUGUCUGUGAACGUCUAAAGGACUGAAUGAUUUGUCUCAUUUUGACUGUUUAGUCUUUAAUGGGUGCCAUUUAAAAAACAAAAUGCUAUUUUUUAAUUGUCUUUUUUUUUUUUUUUUUAAACUAUCAGUGUAUCGUUAAAAAGUCACCCUUACGGUGAUUAAAUUGCACUAACAUUCCCAACUUA